CUCUCCCCGCAAAAGGCCACCGCGACGCGACCGCGUACGGGGGCCGAGCCGCGACCGUGCAGGGCAGCAGCAGAGGGGAGAGGAGAGAGGAGGAGAGGAGUCGCCAGGAAGCAACCGCGGGGAAGCAGCAGCACUGAAGCAGCGCGGAGAAAAAAAAUUCCGGAGUGAUUUCUGCUCCCCCUGUUGGCUGGCUCCGUGAGCUCUCGGCGCCCGCUUGCCUGUGAGCUUCGAUCGAGCCCGCUCGGCGAGGCAGGCGCCCGAUCGCCGCGCUCCGGGUUGGGGGCGUCGGAUGGAGCCGUACGGGGCGGCGAAGGGCGGCGGGGGCGACGCCGGCACCGGCUUGGAAGAGUCGAUGCGGAGGCUGGGGCUCGGCGGCGGGGACGGGGACGGGGACGCGAAGCUGCCGGAGCGGCCGGGCGAGGUGGACUGCGCCUACUACAUCCGCACGGGCUCCUGCGGAUACGGGGAGCGCUGCCGCUACAACCACCCCCGCGACCGCGAUCGGGCCGCCCCGGUUAAUGGAGUUGGAAGGACUGCAGGUACAGUGGAGUACCCGGAGCGACCAGGACAGCCACUUUGUGAGUACUAUGCGAAGAAUGGGACCUGUAAAUUUGGUUCCAAUUGCAAGUUCGAUCAUCCCAGGGAAGGUGGUUUUGUACCUGUGGCAUUAAACAGCAGUGGGUUCCCUAUACGUCAGGGUGAAAAGGAAUGCUCCUAUUACAUGAAAACCGGGCAUUGCAAGUUUGGAGCUACAUGUAAAUUCCAUCACCCAGAACUUGGUUUUCUUUCAGAGGCGCCUACCAUGUAUCCGCCAGUGCAACCAUCGCCUCUUUCCUCCCCCCAUCCAUAUCCACAUCUUGCCAAUUGGCAAAUGGGGAGGCCUCCUGUUGUGCCAGGGUCAUUUUUACCAGGCUCGUAUCCACCAAUGAUGCUUCCACCUACACUUAUGCCAAUGCAAGGAUGGAACCCUUAUAUUUCACCUAUGAACCAAGUUGCGCCAGCUGGGGGACAGCAAACUGUUCAAGCCGGACCACCUUAUGGCAUGUCGCACCAGGGGCCUAGCUCUGCAGUAACUUAUGGCAGUCAUUAUGCACAGCUGUAUUCUUCAACUGGGACUUCAAGCAGCAACAUACAAGAAUAUACCUUACCAGAGCGGCCUGGGCAGCCUGAAUGUGAACACUACAUGAAGACAGGAACCUGUAAAUAUGGAGCUGCCUGCAAAUACCAUCAUCCUCAAUACUUCAGUGGACCAAAAUCUAAUUGUGUGCUUAGCCCUCUUGGUCUUCCACUUCGUCCUGGUUCUCAGCCUUGUAGUUACUAUGCACACCAUGGCUUUUGCAAGUUUGGGCCGACAUGCAAGUUUGAUCACCCAAUGGGUACUCUAAACUAUAGUCCUUCAGUGUCGUCACUUACUGAUGUGCCAGUUGCUCCGUAUCCUCCCAGUUUGCCUCUUACUCCUAUGGCUCCAUAUCCGUCACCUUCUGAUCUGCGGCCACAAUACACUCUAACCAAGGAUUCCUCUGCUAAUCCACCAGCAGUUCCUGGAACUACUUAUGGACCUGUUGGGACAAUAUCAAAGGUUUAUGCUCCGCACACGCUUAUCCGAUCCCCAACAUCCGCAGCUGCUGGCAUGCAAGCGUGAUAGGAAGCCAGCGUGGAGAGCUCUAGUCCCCUUUCUGUCAUGAAGAUGUAUCUUCAGCAAGCUUAUCUGGACUUUCUGCCAUAGGUGAAAUGAGGUCUCGGAUUCUUUUUUGCUCCAAUUCGACUCCCCAUCGAUUGUGAAUAAAGGCUGCAGCUGACAUAGAAAAGGCUGAAUAAAUGCAAAGAUAGGAAUUGGCAAGCUCAUUCACUUGCCAUUUUUCUGUCCGUCUCUGAAACAAGAGAAGGGAGAGAAUUCUGAUUGUAGUUCAGAGCUCCGUUGUUAUCUCGUACAUAAUUAACGGAGCAGGCCAGUAGAUGCACCGUCGGAGGGGACUAAUUAUCUUCUGGAAGCUAAUGGGUUUCGCAGCCCUUUCCCAAACCUUUUGUUUAUCUCAUCAUCAUCAUCAUCAUAUAUAUAUAAAUAUGUAUAUCCCCGGAACAGCAACUAUGACUUCCGCAAUAUGUAUAUCCAAAGUUCCAAACUGGGAAUACGGGACACAUUGUAACGAGACACUUGGAACCCCUUAAUUCGACCAUCUGAAACCAUUCGCUGGUCAUUUAUCGUCAUGUAUUUUGUUCUGUUGUACUUU